UUCAUAAUGAAACGGUCCGAGCGGUUCUCAAAUGAACAGCUCACUCAAGAUAUGAUAUGCAAAAAAGCCUUUCUCCGGCGAAAUAUUGAAAUGCAUUUUAGUUCAUUGUAAACGCAAAUGGCACUUAAUGUUUUAUGAGCGGAAUCAUGGCUUCAAUAGACUGAACUGGGGCAAAUUAAAGUACAAUCAAAUGUAUUGUUAAUAAAACAUCUAACUGUAAUACACAGCAGUGUGCGCCUACGUGUCUUCACAGGAAAAUGAAGCGUGUAAUAUGCUUGGAUAUAAAGGACCACGUGAAGAUAUUGAACCAAACUGUUUAAAAGAACCGAUUCGCGGAAACUAGUCGAACUUUUAUAAUUAUUUUGCCGAAAACUACAAUACCCAGUAGAACCCCAAGACUUUUUGUUAUGUUCAUAAGUCAUUUUGACGAUAAUAGAUAACAUGACUGCACAACAGCAACGUACUGUAAGUGGCGCUAUACAUUUAGAUUGUUAUGCGCCAAAAAAACUAAAGAAGAAGAACCCCAAGACUUAACACCGGAAGUGGUCUUUGUGAACAUUGCCUAGCAGCACAUGAAGCUCUGUUGAAGCUGUCAAAUAUGGCAUGUGAGGAAACGAGAACUGAGGAAAACCUGACAGAGGAUUCUGACAGACAAAUCCACAUAGAUGAGAUGAAACAAGAAACUAGCCAAAACAUUUGUCAGCACUUCCUCUUGGGCAGAUGUCAUUUUGGAGACAGAUGUCGACUGUCUCACAGUGUACUUGACGUCCCUCAAAGCACACACUCAGAGGAAGAUGAUACAGCCGUCACAGAAAAGCAGAACAAGACCCGAAAAAACAGAAAACAGAUAAACGCAGAAAAGCAGCAUAUAAGGAAUGAGAAGGAAGGGUGUAAGAAGAAGCCACGCAUGCGUACAGCCGACGAUGUCAUCUCCAGAAUUAUAUGGGACUCCUCAGUGGACCCAGCUGAUUUUAUAGUCGGUCACCUGGACCGUUUCCUUGGGGUGCUGGAACGCCCAUUCUCUGACUUCUCUUGGGACACUCAGGUAUGUGACUGUGACUUUUCUGAGGAGCUGUCUAUCCCUCGUCAUAGGAUCCAGUACUUCAGCUACAAAGGCCAGCGGGUGUGGGAUAGGGACAGUCGCACUGACAGGGUGUUCGGUUCAACAGGGCAGACUAUUUUGCCCCCUUUUGGUGGUGCGAAUCAGCAUCAAGACAAUUUAGCUGACACUGAACAACAUGAAGAGACCACCAACACAGCAGAUGGCCAAGAGCAAGCGACUGAAUUUUCUAAAGAACAGGAUGAUGGUGCAGCUGCAAUUAAAACAAACAAACAAGAACUGGGAGAUGCUGUAGAUCACUCAUUUACCGAAAAUGCUGAAGAUGAUAUUUUACUUUUGCAAAAAGAAUCUGCACAAGAAGACCAAAAUAUGUCGGCUACCGAAGAUUUGAAUCAGUUGGCAGAGGAGUUAUCCAUCGCUCCGAAAGAGGCACAGACUGAAAUAGUGGAAGAAUGGAAAGACAGCUGGGACGGAAAGAGGGGUACAGAAGCAGAGCCAGUAUCAUCCUUGCCACAAGAACCUCGGUCCAACCGUCCACCACCACGCAAAGCCACCCACUUCAUCUGCUUCCGCGUGGACUCUCCCGCUGCUCUGCAGGCCUUUCAGCGCAUUCAGAAAAAGGUUCUCUCCCAGCUUCCUCAGUCAGAGCCGCUAUGGGUGGACCCUGCAACUUUGCACGUCACUCUUUCCUUACUUGUCCUGAAGGGCCCAGAGGAAGUCAGCGCUGCUGCUGAGCUCCUGCGUACCACAGUCAGAAACUCCCACAAACCCCCUAUUUCUGUGUCUUUCACCCCAAAACUAAAGCACUUUAAUGGGACUGUUCUCCAUGUGGCCCCACAACCCCUGUUCGAUGUCCAGUGCCUGAAUUCCCCUAUCCAAGAAGCCUUCAAGGAGAAGGGCUGGCUACACCGCCAUUCCCGAUGCCCAACAUACCACCUCACCCUGGCCAAAUCGCAGGAGUCCAUGACAGAGAAGAUGUUUGAAGGGAUAGGGUCUGUUAAACUAGCCAAAGAUAUCAACUUCGGGAAGCUAGAAGUAAAUAAACUCUAUCUUUGUGUGAACGGUCAUUCAAACACAGAGAAUGGUUUCUAUCAGGUUGUAUGUGUUGUGCAGCUGCCCAAUGUGUAAAAGUGCCUGGUUUAUUCUGAACUCGGGGUUAAUAGUUAAUUACUACAUCAAAUAAUUUAUAUAUUUAAAUAAAACAUUUUAAUCAUAUACUCCUAAAAUUACUCCUCUCCAAUCCAAUUCCAAUUUUAAAAAUGUUUACAAUAAUUUCUAUAUCAUCUCUGUUGCAGUGAGAAACACUAUUCAGUUUUAUAUCUUUAUAUUCUCUCUUCACAAACUCAAAUUUUGGAUAACACAAGCAUUUGCAACAAUGGAAAUUCUUUAUAUUAAGUCAUAUCAUAUGUACAGUAGUCAUAUUUCAGUGCGGAAGCAAAAUAAAAUUGAAUGGCCA